AUGACAGACUGGAAGAACGCCGAGUACACUCUCUACUCCUCUCCCUUCUCUCUCUACUCAAUGAUGGCCCGUCACACCAUCCAGCUUGGCCCAACGACCCAUGGUGCAACACCACCUAAAAGCAUCACUCUACACUUCAUCAACCAUAAGGCCCAUGAGAACCUCAGCGAGGAUUACUUGAUCAAUGUCAACCCAAAAGGUCAAGUUCCGGCCAUGAAGGGCAACCUCCUCGAAGAAACUCUUACUGAGAGUCGUGCCAUCUCUCUUCAUCUAGCAGAGAAACACUACCCUGCCAUGCUGGGAGGCAAGAAUGAGAGCAUCGUCAGAGAUCUCUUCGAAAGGCUGCAUGCUGUCUACGGACUAUCAAUCAGCAACCCGAAACCGACAGCGGAAAUGACUCAGCGAAAUCCGUCGCCAGUUGAAAAGAUGCUCCAACGGACUGAUAUCAGUCCCCAGUAUCGCGCCGCUCUGGAAGCCAAACUUGCCUUUCACAACCAGCAUAACGCAAUUGCCUUCCAACCUGGUGUUGUAGCUAAGCAUCGCGCAGAACUCAAAACUAUUUUUGAACAGGUUGUGGAGCACCGUAAACAGAGUGGCUCAUAUGAGGACCAUGACCAAUGGAUCUUUGGGUCGGACGUUGGACCGACUAUACUCGAUAGUCAUCUGCUCCCUUUUACCUUGCGAUGUCUGGAGGUAGGCAGCGAAGAUCUUGUGCCUCUGGAGCUGCAACGUUGGGCCAAGGCGAAGGAAAAGAGCCCUUCAUGGCAGAAAGUCAUGCAUGGAAAGCCGACUACGUAUCAUCCUUCCAUGGGUCCUGUUGCAGAGAUGUCUGAGAUGAUGACUCUUUGA